AUGACUAAUUCAUCUAGAAAAUCUGACGUGAAGAGUUUAAGUCAGCUCAAAUUCAUAUGUGAAUCCUCCCACUCCUCUUCUUCUUCUUCUUCUUCUUCCUCCUCCUCCUCCUUCUCCCACUCUUCUUCUUCUUCUUCCUCCCACUCCUCUUCUUCUUCUUCUUCCUUCUCCUCUUCCUCCUCCCACUCCUCUUCUUCUUCUUCUUCUUCUUCUUCUUCUUCUUCUUCUUCUUCUUCUUCUUCUUCUUCUUCUUCCUCCUCCCACUCCUCUUCCUCUUCUUCCUCCUCCUCCUCCUCCUCCCACUCCUCCUACUCCUCCCACUCUUCUUCCUCCUCCUCCUCUUCCUCCUCCCACUCCUCUUCUUCUUCUUCUUCUUCUUCCUUCUCCUCUUCCUCCUCCCACUCCUCUUCUUCUUCUUCUUCUUCUUCUUCUUCCUCCUCCUCUUCUUCUUCUUCUUCUUCCUUCUCCUCUUCCUCCUCCCACUACUCUUCUUCUUCUUCUUCUUCUUCUUCUUCUUCUUCCUCCUCCUCC